AUGGACUUCUGGUCUCGUCUCAUCGGUGGCUCGCGUGCCCUGUCCAAGCCCCCCAGAGCUGCCUCGCCCACGGAACGGUUGACGGCCUUUAAACGCGCCUGCAAUGCUCUCCAGCAAAUAUGGCGCUCGACAAAUACUUCCUCUGGUGAACAAUCGGUUACCCACGCGCGCACACACAUUGAACGACUGAACUCGAUCCUGAGCGAGGAAUCGCGCGGGCCCGCACCGCACCCCUGUGUGGCAUACGCAGCUUCAUCUCAAGUCUUUGUCACAGUCACCAAACUUGCCCUCUCAUUCUACGAUGAUGGGAUCCUUCGGUCGGCCACAAUCUUCUUCAACACCCUGAUUGACGCCGAGGUGGACGGGGUGGUGGACAACCGGCUGUUCGCCCGCGCACUGGUGGAUAUGGUCCGCCGGGCCGAGAAGUCCUCUGAUGAGAUUGAAGGGAGGCUCGUGGAGUUGCUCUUCGGCAUCGCCAACAACAUCCGUCUGCAGCCAGUGAUCUUGCCCGCGUGGUUUGUUCCUCGGGUAUCCCCAGUCCAAGAUGGCGAGUCCUCAGGCCCCAUCGGGACGGAAUUCGCAGGAGCUACAAGGAAAGACGAGUUCCCGUUGUUCUACCUGCUAGUUGAAUAUGUUCACCACGAGGGACGAGCUGGUGACUUUGCUCGUACAGGUUUGCUCUACAUUAUUGAGACCGCAUCGCGGUCUAAGAACCUGGAGAAGUGGUUGAUUGAGAGCGACCUAGCCACCCUCAUGGCUACUGGCCUCGGUGCCCUUUACAGCCAGUUGGGACAUUUGACAUAUACCGAAACCGACGAGAACGUGCCUCACAUAGUUGCUUUAUCCGACCACGCCAAACAAGAGACAGCCCUACAACCAACAUUGGGCCAAGCGAUGGAUGCGUUCAUGUCUUACUUGCUGUUUUGGCAGGACACCAUUGACCAUUGUAAAUCUGUUGAAGUAAAUGACACCUUACUUGACCAUUUUCAGGUGCUUUUUCUCGAGCAACUUUUAUAUCCUUCAUUAUUAGAAUCCUCCGACGUGGCUGGAGGCUCGACGGCAGCGGUUUUGACCUACAUGUGCCGAAUUCUUGAUUCGAUCGAGCAAGGCGAACUAGUCCAUCGAAUCCUACACUUCCUACUGGCAUCGUCACCGAAGCCAGAGGAGCAAAUGGACAUGUCAGCGAGCCGCCGAAAAUCGCUCAAUGUGCUGGCUGCGCUGGCUGAAGAAGCCGCCCAGCCAUCCCCUUCAUUGUUUAACUUGCGCGAUCUGGCGCUGCUAGGGCUUCAGUCAUCCAAUCGUCAAACUGUUCUGGCCACUUUGCGGCUUUUGACCACCGUCCUCCAAAGACACCAUCCGUUUGCGCGGUCCCUCAUCCAUACCCUUCCUACCCCACCCGCGCAGCAACGGCCCGUUGGAGCAUUGAAUUCCGAGCUGGGGCAUCUUUUGUCCAUGGGGACAUCUCUUGUCAAUGACCCCACGCUGAACGAGUCGUACGAGAACUACGUCGCGGAUGCUACAUGGAUCCUGGAGUCUCGCCUAUGUUUACCGGUCUCUGCAGCAGAAGAGGACGAGGAGACACUUCACAUGCCGUUUCAGCUUCAGCAAGACGAUCCAAUCGUUCAGGCACUAUUUGGCUGCCUUGAUACAUUUUUCUCCAACAGUGUCAUUGUCAACUUGGCGCUCACAGGCGUAUUUAUGAGCCUCGCGUCAUCACAUCUAUUCUUGCUGGACGGCUGGGUGUUGGUCGAUCCCAACCAGUAUGAUUCUCCGGCGUCUCUCGCGAUUGUCGAUGGGUUUGACGCCGUCCGGCAGGCUUACGAAGGGCCAACAUGGCCUGCCACAGCAACCCCAACCCUUAUAUUAGCAUUACAAAAACUUGUGGAACAAGUUCGGCAGUGGCAGCAGGACCUGCCUGAUUUCGAUGUACUGGUUUCUGCUCGACGAGAGAUCUUGCACCGUGAGGAUCGUCCCUGUACACCAGACCCAUCUGAGCUCUCAAUGCCCCCUUCAGCGGACGGCUCACGUCCCUCAUACUCGGACUCUCCCGACCCUUCCGCCCCAGCGUCUCGCGGUCGGUCUCCGCACGCAGUGCAUUCGAAUGCGAUAACUAACCCUCAAGGUCAUGACUCUGUUCCCCCAGGAUCACGCGGCUCUUUCAGUGCCCGAGCUGCUGCCGCCGAAGCUCUCCGCCGGCGUCUUGCUACGCCAUUCCCACCUUCUGGCACAGACCACGAGUCGCCCUCCGAGGAGUCCGAGGAGGCCCCUGAUUCAGAAGACCACUCUGAAAAUCCACCGGUCGCCACUCUUGGCCAUGUAUUGACCAAUGUGGUGAUCCUGUAUGAGUUCUUGCUCGAGUUGUCAGCGGUAGUACAAGUCCGGGGCAGUUUGUUUGAAGAGGCAGGUUACUAA